CGCACGCGUGGAGCGCAUGUGCAGCUCCGCAGCUGGCGUGCCGAGCAAUGUGCCUGUCCUGGCUUGCUAUGGCUUUGGCGGCGUCGGGUACCAGGCGAGCUGGGGCGCGGUGUUCGAGGCGCGUGAUCUGCUAGACGAUGCUCUUGAACGCCCGCGCCUGCCACAAGGCUCUACACUCGCAAGCUUGGCCUCGCGCUCGGCAGCUCCAGCGGCGCGGCUAUGACCAGGUCAGGUCAACCAUGAAUGCAUCGGCAUGCGGAUUGGGCCUGCGAGUAGCCCACGGUCUGAGUUGCUGUUGUGUGGCUAUGGCAAGCACAGCAGAGAGAUGCCAGUCACGAGACGGAGGAGCAGGCUGGACCAGGCGCUCUCCAGCACAGCACAGCCUCGUCUGGCUCGGGCGUUCACACGCCUGCACGGCGUCGCGCUCGGGCAAACAGCGCAGAGAGGACCUCGGAUCGGCAGGCACACCCUCCUCGCUGACGGCGUCCGCUUCGUGGUGGCCUCGCUUCGCUGCUCCAGCGUCAGCUCAAACAGCGAGCCAGCACAGCCUCUUGGUCAGGCCAGACGCCCCAAGAGGCCGCACGAGGCACAGGAGUGCAGCUUGGCGCGCUGCCGUUGGGAGCACAGGGGUUGUGGCGCGCGCCGUCUCGGUCGCUCUGCUGCCGUCUCCUUUUCGCGCCUCGGACGCCGACGCCUGGCACGACCCACGAGCUCAGCGCUGCCGAUCUGCGGCUGCAUCCACCCUGCGACGCUGCUCAUGGCGCAUGCAGCGGCGUGCAGAGGCGUGGCUCGCAUGCGCUUGAGAAGGAGCGGCGCAGCUGCGAGGCAGCCAAGCUCCGUCGCUGCGCUCUCUGCGCAAUUUCCUGCGCUGCGCCGUCCAGGCCCGUCAGGGUGCAAGGCGGCGUGGCGCGACAGCGCUCAGGCGGCCGUCAGCGCGCGCUUGCGCCGCGGUGUCUGCCCCUGUGCUGUGCCGAGGCGCGGCGCGGCAGGGCGCGAGUGUUUGGGCGCCGCGUCGUUCGAUGGCGCGCGCGGCGGCGCGGCGCUGUGCCGUCACCACGAGCAAGCCGAAGGCUCGCGGCGUGCCUGCGCUCGCCUGCCGCUCUGCCGCACGCGCGCAUCCGAGGCUCUGAAGUGAGCUCCGCGACGCAGCAGCCGCCGCGGCGCUCGGCGCCGCAUGCGCUGCUCCUUCCUCGUCGUCGCUGCCAGCCGGCCCGUCUUCACGACCACACCUCCACGCCGCACGCUUCUCCUCGUCGAGCUUCUGGCAGCCACCUGCGCUGCGAGCCUCUU